GCGCCGGCGGCCGCGCUGAGCUGUGCGGCGCGGGCCGUGCGAGCUUGCCGCCGGCGCCCCGAGCGGAGCGCGGCCAUGCCCGGGCCCUAGCGCGCUGCCGCAGCCCGCGCCCGCCGCCGCCUCUUCAAUGGGCAACCUGCUCGGCGGGGUCAGCUUCCGCGAGCCCACCACCGUGGAGGACUGCGACUCCACCUGGCAGACCGACUCGGAGCCCGAGCCCGAGCCCGAGCCCGAGCCUGAGCAGCAGCCGGAGCCGGCGGGCGGUGGCGAGGGCCAGGAGCACGACGAACCCGAGCAGCCCGAGCAGCCUCCCGAGAGAACUGGAGGGCGGCCCCGAGCCAGCCCCGUGCCCGAGGACCAUGCGGAGGCGGGGGGCGCCGAGCAGGGUGGUGAUCCCACAGAAGCCACUGCCAAACCAAAGAGGAGCUUCUAUGCUGCGAGGGAUUUGUACAAAUACCGACAUCAGUACCCACAGAACUUCAAAGAUAUCCGAUAUCAAAAUGACUUGAGCAACCUUCGCUUUUAUAAGAAUAAAAUUCCGUUUAAGCCAGAUGGUGUUUACAUUGAAGAGGUUCUAAAUAAAUGGAAAGGAGACUAUGAGAAGCUGGAACACAACCACACUUACAUUCAGUGGCUCUUUCCCCUGAGAGAACAAGGCUUGAACUUUUAUGCUAAAGAAUUAACUACAUAUGAAAUUGAGGAAUUCAAAAAAACAAAAGAAGCAAUCAGAAGAUUCCUCUUGGCUUAUAAAAUGAUGCUAGAAUUUUUUGGAAUAAAGCUGAUUGAUAAAACUGGAAAUGUUGCUCGGGCUGUAAAUUGGCAAGAAAGAUUUCAACAUCUGAAUGAGUCCCAGCACAACUAUUUAAGAAUUACACGGAUUCUGAAAAGCCUUGGUGAGCUUGGGUACGAGAGUUUUAAAUCUCCUCUCGUAAAAUUUAUUCUCCACGAGGCUCUGGUGGAGAACACUAUUCCCAAUAUUAGGCAGAGUGCUCUGGAGUAUUUUGUUUAUACAAUUAGAGACAGAAGAGAGAGGAGAAAGCUCCUGCGCUUUGCCCAAAAACAUUACAUCCCGUCAGAGAAUUUCAUCUGGGGACCGCCUAGAAAAGAACAGCCAGAGCGAAGCAAAGCCCAGAAAAUGCCCACUCUGCCCACUUCGGGUUCGAACAGUCAAACUUCCGUGUACAAGAAAUCCAAGGACUCCAAAAAUUCCUCAGUAGCUAUUCACCCAAAUAGCAAAACUGUGGAAGAAAAAAAGGGACCGUCUAGAGAGGCUGGGGAGGAGACCAGCAAGCCAAGCCCCGAGUCCCACAGUGAAGAUGCCACCCCAGGAAACCCAGAGAAAGAGGGUGCUGGCGAAGAGUCGGAUUCUCCACCCGAGAAAACAGUUCCUGAUGCCGCAGGGAAAGGGGAGUGUCCAACUUCCCCUGAAAACGCCAGAGACGGGGAAAGCCAGAGCAAAGACUUGGAAAGUCCUGAAAACACCAGUUGCCACGAUGAGGUGGUGUCCCAGUGAAGUGUCACAGACCACACAUCAGUUCCGGUGAAGGAAGUGAAAAACUACUGUCUAAUUCAUCCUGAAGGACAGAGAUGAGGUCACGUUUGAAAUGUCAGCCAUCUGUGACUUUCGGCCGUCAGCCCUGUGUUCUUGUUUUUAUUUUGGAUGACGGUGAAAAUGGAUAUUUAAUAAGAAGUUUUUUAAGACCAGAUCCAAUAAAAGAAUAUAUUUAGGAUGCGUUUCCAAAAUCUGUACAACAGUCGUCACUUUGCAAAUAUUUUCAAGUUAUCUAGAACGAAUCGAGUAGCAUUCGGCACUCAACCGGUUCUCUGGAGAGAUUUCGGUACUCAGCCGGUUCUCUGGAGAGAUUCCGUGCGGAAAUGGAGCCCCUCUCUUGACGCAUCGCCCCUGACUUUUAGAUUCGUUUUGAAGUUGGAAGGAUGAAGUUGGGUCUCCUCAAAUGUUGCAGCACCUCAGUGUUCUUAGCUCGGGUUUCUGCAGUGGCUGCGGUUCCCACUUGUCCGCCAUCCUGUUUUGUCCCCCUUCCUCUUCUGGCUUGAACCACCAUCAUGGUCGGCUCCCGUGAGUUUUCUAGUACACAUUAGGACCCUCUCCUAUGCCGACGUCCAGGUGGAAGACAGGGACAUCUUUAAGAGUCUGAUUUCAAGAUUUUUUUCUUUAAGGUUUAGAAUAAUAAAAAUAUUUUCAGUAUUAAUUGCUUAGAAAAGAUUUGUAUAUGUAUGUGAAAAAAUAUAGGACAAAAGUAGACUUUGGCUUUUUUUUUUAUUUUUUUUUGGCUGUUCUAUACAAAAUUGGUGGUUGAUUAUGGAUGCAAAUUACUGAGGAGUGUUUUUUUUUUCUUUAAAUCACAAAAUUACUCAUUUUUUAAAAAGAUGUCUCCUCACACUGUCAACGAACACUUUUGUCUUUUGAGCCAUUAGUGUAUUGAUGCCAUGAGCAUUAUGGGAUUCCUGAUGUUACUACUCCACAGAGUCUGUGUGUGUGUGUGUGUGUGUGUGUGUGUGUGUGUGUGUGCGCGUGCGUGUGCAUAUUUAGUUUGUCAUUUUGGACCUGAGAACAGUUUGCAGUUACAUACAUUCACUUUUAAUAAGUACUAGAUAUAUUGCAUCACAUUGGCUAAAAGUUUUAUUGUGUACAGUUGUUGCUAAUUAUUACAGAUCUGAAGACAAUCAGAAACACUGUGAUGGGGACUUUAGAACAUUCAUACGAACACAGACAAAGCAAUGAACAGAGAAUAUUUUUACUUGUUUUUAUUUAGCAAGGAAUUGACUUUUUAAAAAUCUCUCUUUGGCUUUUAAGGAAAGUCCGGUGGUAUUCUUUCAUCACCACCCUCCUGCCCCAGGGAACUUUUGCUAUUAACUCUUUCGAGCACACCUAACACAUAAUCAUCUUGUUGGCUUUUUCCACCCACACAUUCUGUGGUGAUUCCUACAGAAUACGCCUAUCAAUCGUGUGCUUUUAGAAAUAAGAUUUUAUUGUUUUUAAAUUUACACAACACAGCCCAGUUGCUUAUUCCUGACUCUGUGUGUGUGUGUGUGUGUGUGUGUGUGUGUGUGUGUGUGUGUGUACAUCCUAGUGGCACUGGUGUUGUGUAUCAUAUCCCAGUAAGAUAGGAAAUGCUUCAUCAUUUAGUUACCACAAUUCAACAGCUUUGGUUUGUUCCAGUCUGCACAGGGUCCAGGCAUGAAAGAGGACUAUUAAGUUAGGCUGAAUUGUAGGGAUAUGAUCAAUUUAAUUCAAAAUACCUUAAUUUUGCACACACAAUGAAGCGUUCAGACCACUUUAAGGGCAUUUAGUGUAAGAAACUUGGGAUCAGGGGUACUUCAGAGAUGUCUCAGUGGUUCAGAGCAUCGCUGCUUUUUCGAAGCCCGGGGUUCAGUUCCCAGCACCUGUACUGGGUGCAGUGGUUCACCACCGUCUCUAGUGCCAAGGGAUCUGACUCCUUGUUCUGGCUUCCAGGGGAACUGCAUGCAUGUGGUGCACAUACAUACAUGCACACACACACAUAUACAUAAAUAAGGUUUUUUUUAAAAUAUUAACGUGGGUCAGAUACUAAAAAUAUUUUUAAAAAACAAAAUACCAGAAGCUAAUACAAUCUGAAUCACUUAGAAAUUAUGGUAUACCAGAACCCUUAGAAAUGAAAACACAUAACAAUUUAGAUUUUAGACUAUUAUUCCUUAUUAAUUAUUUUGUUAGCUUGUGCUGUUUAAUUUCAGAAUAUUGAGUCCCAAGAGGAGAGCUCCCUGGCUUCCCUCUAAAAUAGUGGCCUUUUCUCAACAAUGGUUAUUUAAACUUCAUAUUCAUAAAGUGGCAAUGUUUCCUACAUUUAAUCUGUAAAUAUCAGUGAGAAUAACUCAGUGAAGAUAAAGUUAAAGGAAGUCAUUCCUUUUGCUAAUAAAAAUUGAACGUCUCGUUUUUUUUUCUAUUAAGAGUACUUUGUACAUUUAAUAGUUUUUUAACAUAAGAUCUGUAGAUGAUGUAUUUCUGAGUGUGUUAGAUAUCAAAAACCCCUCUGAAUUUUACUUCUACGUUUUUGUGUUUUGCAAACUGCCAUAUGCUUACAGAAAUUUACUAAAAAGCUGUUCCAGAAAAUGCUGUAUAGCAUGGCCAAAUAGCUAACCGCAUGGCUAAGCAUCCAUAGGUGUUCUCGUAUGGUCUUUGUUAUGCCAUGGGCUGUAAGGAUGCUAAGUGUUGGCUGUUGAUAAAACUACAUCUCACAGCAAAUAGAUGUCAUAUUGCUUGAUGAGCCUAGUGCAUUUCUAAUAUUUUUUUGCUUUCAUAUUUCAGAGGAGAAAAUAUAUGUGAAGAUAUUUUGAAAUACUGUAAAGUGACAAAUAAUUAUAUAUUUCUGUAUGGUGGAGAUGUUUAUGACAUUAAGAUUAUUGUAUCAUUCUGCAUUUUUGAGCUCAUUCUUACAGGAAAUUCUAAAUAAUUAUGGUGGAUGUAAAAAAAAAAUCUAUGUGCUUCCUCUAAAUUAGGUCUAGUUGUCAGUUCUAAAAUUACAUGGUAUAGUUUUAUUUUGUUGUAAGUUUUGAGACUAUACUUUUCGUUUUUAAGGAGAGAAAGUAUAUAACUCAGGAGUUACUAAGAAAGUUCUAAGUUUUUUUUCCUUUUUUGUUGUUACAUAUAUAAAUACAUAAAGAUGUAAUAAAAACUUGUCACAGCCAUGAUGCUUUGUAUCAUGCUCUCCUGGUUAUCACAGUUUACUAGGGAUGAAGGUAGGAUGGGGUAAGAAGGAAAAGAAACACAGUGAGGUAGUCCUUAAAAAUAUUUUGGUAAAUGAACCUACAUGCCAAAUGGUUAAAAAAAAAAAAAAGUUAAAUGAACAAAGAACAUUUAGUUGAUGGUUUUAAAGUCAAAGUUUCCCAUUUAUGAUAAAGUGAUUGAGUCAAGCAAAUUUAAAACUAUUCCCUGGGCACCUCUUAGGUCUGUGUUUUGUAAAGACAAGAAGAGCGUUUUCAAAUCUUAUAAAUUACAUGCACAGCUCUUUAAUGACUAUUUGGAAUAAGAUCCCUUGUUACAGGAGUAUUGGUGAAUAGUUGUUUUUAUGUUUUCCCACUUAGAAUAAUUUCCUUUGCCUUUCAGUGUACAUACGUGUGUGUGUGUGUGUGUGUGUGUGUGUGUGUGUGUGUAUGCACAUGUGCGCACACACCCACUAGGAUGUGCUGAAAUUUGACAUGCUAGAAUCAUUCAAGGCAGGGGUAGUUUUAGAGGGAGAUGGCUGGAGUGAGUGUUGGACCUAGGAACCUAGCAAUGCACAUCUACUCUUUCAGCAUUGAGUUCGUAAUGUUUAUUGCAGGAACAGAUUUGUGUGGGAAAUUUCUAGGGUGACAGUGAGUACUACCCUGCCUCCUGCAUUGUUCUAGUGAGCCAACCCACCCAGCAGAUUGUGUUUCAGGGACAGGCUGCUUUUAGAAAUCUCAUUAUUGAAAUUAAUAAUAUAGUUCUACUAUGAAUGCCUAGAGGUUUCAGAUGUGCCUUAAUGGAAGUAAAAGGUUUUCUUUCAGAAGUUGACAUUACUAUCUCAUUGUAAACUCUUGUCAUGAGUGUAAGUCAUGUUAAUCAAAUUUAAGUUGGUGCUUUUAUCAUUUUGGAGAGAUUACCACUUCAUGACAAGAGCACCAAUUCUGAAAGUAUAUUCACCCCAGUAUUCAACAGUAUGUCACCUUUGCAUAAAGGGUUCAGAGAAGCCACGAUUCACCUGUGUUAUUGUGUUAUUUUUAUGUUUCUCGGUUCUUUUACAUGCUGGCUCACUGAAGCAUCCUUUGGUUGCUGCAAGUCAUAGCGAUCUGUUUUACUUUCUGUUCUUGCAUUCAGAUGGCUACAUAAAAUGUAAUGUUAUUAGAGAAAGUCUCCAUUCUAGUAGUCAUUUCGAGGAGUCUGAAAUUAGUUUGAAAAACCUUCAUGUUACAUCCUUAGUAGACACAAUUUGAAGGCUUGUUCCUCAUUUCCCCUAGGUUAUAUAAAGUAUUCAGUGUCAUAUGCUUUUGCCAAUUCUGUUGUGAAAUUUAUUGUUUUGGUUAUUUGUGGAAAAUAGCUUCCUUUUUUUUUCUUGAAUUAAAGUUUUCAUGUGGAAAACCUUGUGAUGAACUUGUAUUGUGACCCUAACCCUGGCUCUCUGGAAAUGGAGUUCAGAGAAGGAGAGGUGGUUAAGAAUUGCGUGGGCAUUUUGGAAGACAGAGCAAGCCCCAUUCAUGGACAUGGAUUUGGGGGGGGGGGGCAG